AUGUACUUGUGGAAAACAAGCGGCUUCGCAGUCGCUAUGAAUUUGACUUGUUUGUCUUCAUCGGCAGGUGCUUCGAGUAAUUUGCGCCAGGCAAGAGCCUCCAUUGCCGCAGGAAGUACUGCUGGUGUGAUUCGAUUCAUUACAACGUAG